UUGGCAAAACUACCGUAAUUGUAAGAGUGAGUACAGUAGUCUUCAGCAGUGGUGGGAUGUGGGGAAAGUCCAAAUCAGACAGCUUUGCCUGCAGUACACUCUCAAUGUCACCAAGGACAUGGCUAGAUCUCUGAGGGCUCUGGAGAGGGAAGUGGUGGAGCUGCAGGGAUUGGCAGACUCCACAGGAGAGCGAGAACAUGUUGAGGUUUUCAAAAGUAGAAAUGCAGCUCUGUCCGACCUGCUGGGGUUUUCUGCUCAGGGUGCUCUGGUCAGAUCCCAGUUUCAGAACAUCGUGAAAAUGGAUGCUCCCUCUCACUUUUUCUUCGGUCUCGAGCGCAGGAACGGUCAGAGGAGGCUGAUGCACUCCCUGCGGUCAGACACUGGGCAGCUGCUUCAGGAGUCGGCCGACAUUCAACAGUGUGCUGUCAGGUUCUACAGGUCAGAUUACCAGGCAGAACCAGAGGCGGCGCUGUCCUUCUUUGAAGGCCUUCCUAAGGUCCCUGAGGGGGACAGCGCAGACCUGGAAGCUGAGCUCUCGGCCCAGGAGCUGCAGGAGGCCUUGCAGAGCAUGCAGAGUGGGAAGGCUCCUGGCAUAGACGGCCUGCCUGCAGACUUCUAUAAGGUUUUCUGGCCUGUCAUGGGUGAUGACCUGCUGGAUGUCCUCAGGGACAGUCUCAGUAAGGGGAGGUUGCCUCUGAGCUGCAGGAGGGCGGUGCUCACUCUCCUCCCCAAGAAAGGAGACCUGCAGGAGCUUGGGAACUGGCGUCCUGUAUCCCUUCUCUGUACCGACUAUAAACUGCUCUCCAAAGUGUUGGCGACGAGGCUGAGGAGAGUGAUGGAGCAUGUCAUUCAUGUAGACCAGACAUACUGUGUACCCAGCAGGUUGAUAACUGACAACGUUACUCUGAUUCGAGAUGUUUUGGACCUCUCCAGUUCAUUGGGCUGUAAGCUUGGUCUGAUUUCUCUGGACCAAGAAAAGCACCAGUACUUGUGGCAGACGCUGGAGGCUUUUGGGUUCAGCUCUGGUCUGAUAGCCAAGAUCCAGGUCUUGUACAGGGACAUUGAGAGUGUACUGAAGAUUAACGGUAGAUUAUGUGCGCCUUUUAAAGCCGAGAGAGGAGUCAGACAGGGCUGCUCUUUGUCUGGGAUGCUGUACUCCCUGGCCAUAGAGCCUCUCCUACACAACCUAAGGUCCAAACUACAUGGUUUUUCUUUUCCUGGCUGCGAUCACGUUCUUAAAUUGUCUGCGUAUGCGGACGAUGUAAUGGUGAUUGUAAAAACUCAACAGGAUAUCAAUGCUUUAACAGAUACUGUAGGUGUGUUUAGCAAGUUGUCUUCUGCUAGGGUAAACUGGGGGAAGAGUGAGGCCUUAGCAGUAGGGGCAGGCCACUUUCAUGGUCUAGUUUUACCUGGGGGCCUUGUUUGGAAGAGGGGAGGGUUGAAGUACCUGGGUGUUUAUCUCGGUGACGAGACCUUUUGUUUACAAAACUGGGACGGGCUCGUGGAAAAGGUGGAAGGCCGAUUAAAGAAGUGGAUGUGGAUCCUUCCAUACCUUUCUUUUAAGGGGCGUAUUUUGAUUUUGAAUAACCUUGUGUCCUCCAUGCUGGCUCACCGGUUGGCAUGUUCAGACCCGCCUGUAAACCUGCUGUCCAGGGUGCAGGCGCUAAUGGUGGAUUUCUUCUGGGACCGCAUGCAUUGGGUCCCGCAGAGCAUCCUUUUCCUGCCAAAGGAAGAAGGGGGACAUGGACUGGUUCACCUGGCAAGCAGAGGGGCUGCGUUCAGGCUCCGUUUCGUCCAGAGGUUCCUGACUGGACCUGCUGACCUGGUAUGGAGACCCGUGGCUCGUGCUGUACUGGAGCGCUGUGGAGGGCUGGGCCUGGCUGAGUCGCUGUUCCUAAUGGACAUUAAAGGAGUACACUUGGACAACCUCUCAUGCUUCUACAAGGGACUUUUCAAGGUGUGGGGGCUUUUCCGGAAAGAGAGAACGGAGAACUGUGCCUCUUUAUUCUGGCUCCUCAAAGAGCCGGUGGUCCACGGGACUCGUUUUCUGUGUGGAAUAGGGCCUUCUCUACAGCAGAGACUCUGUGAAGAGAAGAUCCUCACACUGGGACAUGUGCUGGAGGUGUGUGGCCCUUGCCUGGACAAUGCUGCGGGCCUGGCGGCACGUUUGGGCAUCAGGUCAGUCCGAGUGACCGGCCUCCUGCUGAGUGGUUGGAAACAGCAGCUCAGCGACCCAGAACUGGCACUGGCUGUUGCUUUCUGUAAUGGACUUACUGAACCAAAUGAAAAUGACUCUUUUCCAGAAAUACUUUGUGUUCCUGACGUCACAUGUGAUAGUUUUCUGUUAAGGUUAAAUAAUGUCACUGAUUUUAAGUUUAGCACCAUGUCCAACAAAAGGAUGUAUUAUUUAAUGACCAAAGUGUUAAACCAGAGCAGACUGCAGGGCCGAGUGGACACCCGGUGGAGAGCCCACCUGGCCCUGACUGAGACUCAGAGGCCUGAGUGGAGAGCGCUUUACAAGCCCCCGCUGACAAAGAGGCUGGGGGAUCUACAGUGGAGGAUUCUGCACGGCGCGGUUGCAGUAAAUGCCUUUGUUUCAGUGAUCAACCCGGCUGUUUCUGACACCUGUCCGUUCUGUGACCAAAGGGAAACCAUCUUCCACUGUUUCUCAGAAUGUGAUCGACUCCUUUGUCUCUUUCAGUUACUGACCCAGAUGUUUGUUUUGUUUGGUGAGGUUUUUUCCCCCCAAGUGUUUAUCCUUGGUUACAGGUACACCCAGAGACAAAAGGUGAAAUGUCAGCUCCUGAAUUUUUUGUUGGGCCAGGCCAAAAUGGCCAUCUACCUCAGCAGGAGAAAUAAAGUUGGGGACUCGAUGGCCUGUAAUGCUGUGCUGAUUUUUAAAUGAAUGGUGAGAGCAAGGGUCAAAACUGAUUUCAAUUAUUUUCGUCUGACAGAAAAUGUGGGGGAGUUUCAGAAUAUGUGGUGCUUUAAAAAUGCUUUGGUUUCAGUGGAGA